AUGUCCCGAAAUCUUAGCAUUUUAAUUGUGCUAUUAGCAGUUCUGUGCUGCUUCACCCAGAGCACACUAGGCAAAAGGCAGAAUCCACGUCGUGAUGAAGAACAACAAGAAGAACAAGCGCAGAUUGCAUUAUAUAGCAACAACAAAAAUUUAGAAAAUGGAGCUCAAUCGGCGGAGAACAAUAAUGGGCUUCAGAAUACAAAUGGCAUACAAUCUAACCUAGAAACAGUGCUAAAGGGUGGCACCCUGCAACCCGAUACAGAUGAUGGUGAUAUUGAUGACAAUAGCGAUGGCGAUGAUGGUGAUUAUGAUGACUCUGAUGAUGGCACUCGUGGUCGCCGACGUCGUCGCAGACGCGGUGGAAGACGAAGGCGUCGCGGUGGCAGACGCCGCAGAAGUCGCCGAGGUGGCAGACGUCGUCGUGGUGGCAGAAGAAGACGUCAAAGAGGUUAA